AUGUCUGGUGUUGCUGCUGUGGCUGCAGCACCUGGCAGCACUACCUGGCCAAAAGAUGCACUAUGCUACCAGUGUGCUCUUCGAAUGUCAAUGUUGUUUGAUUACCCUCCUCCCCGAACGAUGGGGCAGCUUCAGCCUUCCCUCGCAUCCGAACCUGUCUCUGCCCUAUCUGAUGACACACUGCCGACGCUGGACGAUGCCCAUCAUCCACUGUUCACGCUCGUCCACGAGACGCCUAAGAGUGUACGUCGCUACUUUUGCGGUGCUCUACAACCGAUUGUCACCACGGCAGGCGACCUGAAAGCACCACUUCCAACUGGCACACCCGAAGUAAACGGGCCCACAGCCGCGGAGUCGACGGCGCAUGGCAUGCUCGGCGGAGAUUCUGCCCCCCAAUACGCAGUAACAUGGUUGUGCGUUGCGUGCAUGGGGCUGUACCAGUUCAUUGACCUCAUUCACGCCCCCUUGGCGGCUGCUGCAGUGCGGACAAGCCCGUUUUACGAUUCUGAAGCCAUCACCAUCAACGUCAACAUUAACCGUAGCUUCACCUUCACAUGGCUGGCUGUGGCAAUCCGUUACUUCGACCUCAACGGGACCGGCACAGAGCGCCCGUUACCGUCAUCGAUUGUGAAGGAGGAGCUGAACAAUUUCAAAGACUUUUACAUGAGCGACCUGCGUGCGCGCAUUCUCCCCUAUCUGUUGGACUCGCAUGACAGUGUAGCGGCCUCAAGCGUGUUGCCGGCAGCCAGUUCGCGAACCGCGCAGCUUCCUGGGCUUGCCGUGUAUGUUGAGGCUGUUGGAGCGUUGUUGGAUAGUACGAGGGAGGCGGGGAGGAGGGGGGCCGCUGGAGAAGAGGCCGUCGUCAAACGUGCACGAACCGAGGAGACUGCCGCCUUUUCUGAGCCGGUGAGUUCUUCUCGGGCUGCUGCGCCAGGCUGCGGUGCAACCAGACCUGCUCUUGUGGCGCUGCAAGCGUUUCGCUACAGCGGGGCGAGCGAGAGCCUCGUUAGCGAUGUGUUUUGUCGUCAUCACGCCACAGAGGGCCUGAUCACAGAGGGGCACAUGCCCGCCGCAUACUGCGGAAACCGCUCCACCGAAGUGCUUCCCUAUAGUGUUAUCUACGACUACGUAGUUCCGUAUCUCACCAAGGCUGGAUGGAUGCCAGGGACAGCGACGGCAGCGGCCGAGGGACGCCAAGAGGAUUGUCGAGCGACUGCUCGACAGGCAGCCACGGUUUCCUUCCAAGUGCAUCACAAGAACAUCUACCUCAUGGGGAGGUAUCGCAAAAUGAUGCGCAACAUGUCACAGUCCCCGUGGUUUCUACAUGGGCAGCGCAUUGGCUCAUUCUCUCUCCAGGAGGUCAUUGCAAACCCGGUGCUGCCUUUCUUUUUUCCGGAUAUGCCUGCCGUACCUCCCGAGGCCCCGGCGUCGCCGGUGUUGCUCACCAGUGAGGAAGGGAAGUUGGCGUCAGCUGCAUCUGUGAUGGUAGAGCGCGGUACCCACGCCACACGCUGGCAGUCUGUCGCCCCGCCUGUCGCUUCAUCCGCUCUCGUCUUUGGCUACAAGCGCUACAAGUUUCACAGCGCCGGUCGCGAGGACGUGGAUGUGCGGAUGCUCGGUGAGGGGAGGCCGUUUGUGCUGGAGCUCAUUUCGCCGAUCCGUGAGCGCUUCACCGAGGAUGAUCUGCGCUGCCUUGAGGCGCUGAUCUCCGCCAGCUACGAGGGCAGCAUAGAAGUGAGUCAACUGCGACACACGGAUGCGGACAUCACCGUCCGCCUGGCCCGUCAUUCGGAGAGCAAGGUGAAGCAGUAUCGCUGUGUCAUCUGGUCCAGCCGUGCCAUCAACGACGCGGCGGCCGAUCCUCACGUGCGUGCCAUUCACGCGAUGAAGGACUUGUCGAUUCAGCAAAAGACGCCCCUGCGUGUGCUGCACCGCCGCUCACUGCAUUGGCGGCCGCGGUUGAUUCACUCGAUGAGGUUGACACCUCUCAACCCGCAUUGGUUCCUGCUCGAUCUCGAGACCCAGGCUGGAACGUAUGUGAAGGAGUUUGUGCACGGCGAUAUGGGGCGCACAACGCCGCAUUUAGGCAUGCUGCUGAAUGCCCGCACGGAUAUUAUUCAGCUGGAUGUCGUUGGGAUGGCCAUGCACGACCUUGACCAAGAGUGA